AUGAAAGGCAUGUGGUGGAUGGUGGGAGAUAAGAAGAAAGCAGAGAAGAGAAGCAUGAAGAGAGUUGGGGUGGUGUUGAACUCAAUCCUUCUAGCCAUAGGAACUUCCGGUGGCCCCCUCGUAAUGCGUCUCUACUUCAUCCAUGGUGGCAACCGAAUCUGGCUCUCCAGCUUCCUUGAAACCGCCGCCUUCCCCCUCAUUCUCAUUCCCUUAACCAUCUCUCACAUUUCUCGUCGUCAUGCUCACCACCAUCAUUCAUCAAAACCUAACCUCAUCUCCAUCAAACUCCCUCUCUUUCUCGCCUCUGCCUUCAUUGGAAUCCUCACCGGCCUCGAUGACUACCUCUACGCCUGCGGUAUAGCGCGCCUCCCCGUCUCCACUUCCUCCCUCAUCCAAUCCUCGCACCUCGCCUUCACCGCCGUCUUCGCCUUCCUCCUCGUUAAGCACAGGUUCACGCCCUACUCCAUCAACGCCAUAGUUCUGCUCACCGUGGCAGCGGUGGUGCUGGCACUGCGUUCGGGCGGAGACCGCCCGAGCGGCGAGUCCACACGGCAGUACGUGAUCGGUUUCAUUAUGAUUCUGGCGGCUGCGGCGCUGUACGGAUUGGUUCUGCCGUUGAUGGAGUUGGUGUACAAACGGAGCAAGCAGCGUAUUACUUACUCUCUGGUGAUGGAGAUUCAGCUUGUGAUGUGCUUCUUUGCUACCUUGUUCUGCACCCUUGGAAUGAUCAUCAAUAAAGACUUCAAGGUGAUUUCGCGAGAAGCAAAAGAUUAUAAGCUUGGGGAAAGCAUGUACUAUGUUGUGGUGGUGGGGAGUGCAAUAAUGUGGCAGUUUUUCUUCUUGGGAGCAAUAGGGGUUAUAUUUUGUGCCUCAUCUUUGUUUUCAGGAAUUGUAAUUGCUGCUUUUCUUCCAGUGACUGAAGUUUUAGCUGUGAUUGUAUACAAAGAAAAUUUUCAGGCAGAGAAAGGGGUUGCUUUGGUGCUCUCUCUUUGGGGGUUUGUGUCAUAUUUCUAUGGUGAAAUUAAGCAAGACAGGGAAAAGAACAAGAAUGGUUGCCCAGAAACAGAGCUGCCUCUAAGUCUUCCUCCCAAUUCAUGA